CCCCACAAACUCCUAAUAUUAUCUAUCACUCAAUCCAUCCUCUCCUCCCCGGCCAAAUCCAUAGCUAGAAACCGAAGCAAUGAAGGAGAAGGACUCCAACUCCAAGCCCAUGUGGCGCCCUCUCACGGCGAAAUCGUGCUGCGCGGUGGACGAAGGCCAGACCCUCUUCUGCGGCAACUUCAGCCGAUGCCGGCCCUCGCGGUCGGAGUUCUCCAAGAACGUGGCCCCGCUGCCGUCCUUCCGGAAGCUGUCCUUCUCGGACCUGAGCAGGUCGUCCUCGGUCAGGAUCGCGGAGGAUCUGGCCCAGUCGUUUGGGCCGGACCUUCUGGACUUCCAGCUCGGUGAGCUCCGGGCCGUGACCCAGAACUUCUCGGCCCAUUUCCUACUCGGAGAAGGCGGGUUCGGGAGGGUGCACAAGGGCUACGUGGACGAGAACUUGAGGCAGGGGCUUAAAUCUCAGCCGGUUGCCGUUAAGCUCCUCGACAUUGAAGGCCUCCAAGGUCACCGUGAGUGGCUGGCGGAAGUAAUCUUUCUGGGGCAGCUUCGACACCAAAACUUGGUGAAGUUGAUUGGUUACUGUUGCGAGGAGGAAGAUCGUCUCUUGGUGUACGAGUUCAUGCCUCGAGGCAGCUUGGAGAAUCAUUUGUUCAAAAGACUAUCAGUGACGCUACCAUGGGGGACAAGGUUGAAGAUAGCGACAGGUGCAGCUAAGGGUUUGGCCUUCUUGCACGGCGCUGAAAGUCCGGUCAUCUAUCGUGACUUCAAGACCUCCAACGUCCUCCUUGACUCCGAUUUUACUGCCAAGCUAUCAGAUUUUGGGCUGGCGAAGAUGGGCCCAGAAGGAUCAAAAUCCCACGUCACUACCCGAGUCAUGGGAACCUACGGCUACGCCGCACCGGAGUACGUCUCGACGGGCCACUUGACGACCAAGAGCGACGUCUACAGCUUCGGCGUCGUUUUGCUCGAGCUUCUCACGGGGAGGCGGGCCAUGGACAAGUCGAGGCCCAAGCCCGAGCAGAACCUGAUUGACUGGGCCAAGCCGUACCUCAGCGGCGGGAGCAGCAGGCGGCUCCGCUACAUCGUGGACCCAAGAUUUGCCGGGCAGUACUCAGUGAAAGGAGCCAAGCAGCUGGCCCAUCUGGCGACCCAGUGCGUGAGUUUGAACCCCAAAGACAGGCCCAAAAUGCCAGCCGUUGUCGACACUCUCGUAGCUAUCCAGCAGUACAGUGACAUGGCAGUGAGCUGCGGUCAGUGGCCGCCGUCUCCCAAGUCUUCUUCCAGGUUUGGGGUCUCCCCAAAUACCAAAGGUAGGAAGGUGGUGGAUGGUGGCCGGGGAUCUGGUUACCGGAGAUCAGCUCCGGCCGCCGCGGCCAAAAAGGUGUAGGAAGGGUUUGUUUUGGAGUUUGAUUGGAAGGGCGUCAAGGUGUGAAACUGUAAAUUAUGGUACUUAAUUUGAGUGUGGGGUGGGUGGACCGUGGAUGUAUGGGUGUUUUGGUGAUGGCAUGGAGAAGUUGGGGCAGCACUACUUGCGUGAUCCUCCUACUUUUCCUUUGUAAAUAUGUAUGGAACCAUGGAGUGCCUAAAUAUGUACGUAUUUAGUAGUAAUUUUGGGU